UGACAAAAUUGAGUGAUGUUUUGGAGGAAUUCAAGCCAUAGGUUCCACUGGGGGACUGGCUGGAACGCUAGCAAUUCUUUCAAUGGCGAUUCAGCGAACUCGCCUUUGGUUUCGCCGGUGCUGGGGAAGCGAUCGGGCCACGGUGGCCGGAGGAUGCGCGCUUGUCAUCCUCGUCGUCGUUUUGACUCUCCGCUCUUGGGAGGAUGGAGGAAGGGGAGGGGAAGGACCGGGUUUACAAUACCCAUUUCUUAGAAACCUGGACCCUCCCCUUGUUGAUCUUACUUUGCUGAGAAAUGCCAAGGCUAGGGGUGCCCUUUGCUUGGAUGGGAGUCUGCCUGGGUAUCAUCUCCUGAGAGGUCAAGGAUCGGGAUCUGAUAAAUGGCUCCUUCACCUAGAGGGUGGAGGCUGGUGUAAUGAUGCAGAAUCAUGCGCUUCACGUGGACAGACACCGUUGGGUUCAUCAAUUUACAUGGAAGCAAUGCAUUUUGUUGGCAUAUUGAGCCCUUACCCAUCCCAAAAUCCAGAUUUUUUUAACUGGAACAAAGUUAAGGUGCGGUACUGUGAUGGUGCAUCUUUAGCUGGGAAUGUUGAGAGUGAAGAUCAGAGUGGAUUGAAACUGUACUUCAGGGGUCAACGUAUCUGGGAAGCAAUUAUUGAUCAACUCCUGUCUGAGGGACUUGUAAAGGCAAAGCAGGCUUUUCUUACUGGUUGUUCUGCUGGUGGUCUUGCUACCUUCAUACAUUGUGAUAAUUUCCGCAGCCGUUUACCUAAGGAUACCAUGGUCAAAUGUCUUGCAGAUGCUGGCUUUUUCCUUGAUGAAAAAGACAUAUCUGGAAAAGAAACCAUCCGAUCCUUUUUUAAUGAAGUUGUCCAUCUCCAGGGCGUAACAAAAAGUUUGCCUAAUGAUUGUGUCACCGCAAUGAAACCGCCCCAGUGCUUCUUUCCUCACGAGCUUAUCAAAAGAAUAAAUACGCCUCUUUUUAUUCUCAACCCAGCUUAUGAUUUUUGGCAGAUUCAACAUAUUUUGGUACCGCCAGAAUCUGAUCCUGGGGGACAUUGGAGAAGAUGCAGGUUGAAUAUUCGCUAUUGUAAUUCCAAUCAGAUUGAAAUCUUGCAAGAUUUUAGGAAGAGUUUGCUUGAUUCUUUGAGCAAAUUCCAGCGACAUAGCAAGGGGGGCAUAUUUAUCAAUUCAUGCUUUGUACAUUGCCAGACGAUGAGUAAUAUCACGUGGCACUCUUCUGCUUCUCCAAGAAUAAGUAAUAAGACGAUCGCUGAGGCAGUCGGAGACUGGUAUUUUGAAAGACGACAAGUGAAGGAAAUUGAUUGCCCAUAUCCUUGCAAUCCAACUUGCUUUAACAUGGAAUUCAUCUGAGGUGAGUAUUGCUGAAGGUUGAAAACUUUAUGCACAUAUGCUACUCUUUCUUAUUUUCUUCUGCAUUAAUAAAGAAAUAUUUAGCUGAUUUUUAGAGCUCUAGUGGUUAUUAUUGUUUCAUGUUCAUUUAAUUUCAUUCUGAGCUCAUUCUAAUCUCCAUCAAUUGAAUGAAGUUUGCAGAUUAUUAAGUUUUAUGUAAUUCAGAAUGUGGCUUAUUAUGAUAUUUUGGUUGUAUCAGAAUGUUGCUAAGUUAUUAAAACAUUGUAUUA